GCAUAGAGCAAAAGAGAAAUAGGCAGAUAGGAAGAGAGUGGGUUUUGAGUCAUUUAAACUUUAAAAGAUGACAAACUUCCCAGUGAUCAACUUGGAGAAGCUCAAUGGUGAGGGGAGAAAAGACACCAUGGAGAAAAUAAAGGAUGCUUGUGAGAACUGGGGAUUCCUUGAGGUACCUCAAGAACCCAACAAAACUUUUCUUAUCUCAUUCAUUUCUACAUUGCCCUCCAAAUAUAUGUUCUUGUUAGUUCUUGUGACUCUCUUGGUACUUAAUAUUUCUUCUUAUUGUUUGUUUGUUUUCAAAACUCUUCAGCUGAUUAAUCAUGGCUUACCCCAUGACCUAAUGGAUACCGUGGAGAGAUUGACCAAAGAGCAUUACAAGAUAUGCAUGGAACAGAGAUUUAAAGAACUAGUGGCAAGCAAAGGCCUCGAGGCUGUUCAAAAUGAGGUCAAAGAUAUGGACUGGGAGAGCACCUUCCACUUGCGCCACCUCCCGGAAUCAAACAUCUCAGAGAUCCCUGAUCUCACUGAUGAGUACAGGAAGGUGAUGAAGGAAUUUGCUUUGAGGAUCGAGAAGCUAUCAGAGGAGCUGUUGGACUUGUUAUGUGAGAAUCUUGGCCUAGAGAAAGGAUACCUCAAGAAGGCCUUCUAUGGAUCAAGAGGACCAACUUUUGGCACCAAGGUUGCCAACUACCCUCCAUGCCCCAAUCCAGAGCUGGUGAAGGGUCUUCGUCCCCACACCGAUGCAGGCGGGAUCAUCCUUCUCUUCCAGGAUGACAAGGUCAGUGGCCUACAGCUGCUCAAAGAUGGUCAGUGGGUGGAUGUGCCCCCUAUGCGCCACUCAAUUGUUGUCAACAUUGGUGACCAACUUGAGGUUAUCACCAAUGGUAAGUACAAGAGUGUGGAGCAUCGUGUGAUAGCACAAACUGAUGGGACCAGAAUGUCCAUAGCCUCAUUCUACAACCCUGGCAGUGAUGCUGUCAUCUACCCUGCUCCAGAAUUGUUGGAGACAGAGGCAGAGGAGAAAAGCCAACUGUACCCAAAAUUUGUGUUUGAAGACUACAUGCAGCUCUAUGCUAGGUUGAAGUUUCAAGCUAAGGAACCAAGAUUUGAGGCCAUGAAAGCGUCAAAUGUUAACAUGGGCCCAAUUGCAACUGUUUAAACAUGUUUUACUAUAGCUAGAAUGAUGUUUGCAUUGGGAGAAGUAAAGAAAUCAGCGUAUGCACGUUCAUCAAAUGAAUAUAAUAAUAACUAUUAUGUCAUAUUAUAUGUGCUAUGAUCAAAUAGUCAACAAAAAUGUUAUAUUAUUAAAAAUAUAUUUACUUAAAUAGCAGAAUAUGCAUUCCCUCUUGGCUAUAGCCUAUAUGUAAUCAUUUCAGUUUCCAUUUUUCGGCUUCAUAUGAGUUCCAAAUUGCCCACUUGUGUUUUGGACCACCGAUGAUAGUGUCCUCCUGAUAUUGAAUGCACGACAAUGUUAAGGCCACCAUUAUUCUACGGGAAGACUAACUCUGUCAACACGCUUCAAAAUAUAUGUAGGCCCGCCCAAGGAUGUGACAUUCAAUUCUGAGCAAGUUCAUUUAGGAUCGAUUAGUGAAAUUUAAAUAAAAACUCUACUCCUAACUUAGUCUACUUUUUGUGCUUUUGUUUUUAAAUUUUUAGAUUUCAGUAAUAAAUCCUAAAAUUAAAUAACAAAAAAUU